AUGGCGGCGGAGAGCCCUAGAUCCGCGCCACGGCGGACACCGGCCGCCAAGAGCGGCGCGGGCCUGCUCAGCCCCCGGUUCCGCUCGGCGGCGGAGCUGGCCGGCUGGGACGAGGAGUCCAUCCUCCUCGCUGCGCUCGUCGUCGAGGACACCCCGGUCCGCGAGUCCCGCCGCAAGAGGCGGCCCUCCGGCUCCUCCACCGCGGGCGGCAGCGCCGGAUCUAACACCAGGAAGCGGAGGUCGCGGAGGCAGUCGGCGGAUGAGGCACCGAUACCGCCCGUGGCGCUUGUGCUCGACGACGACGAGAAGCCGAAUGACAAUGAAGUUGCCAAGAAGGAGGUGAAGCAGGCGGAGGAGGAGAAGGAGAAGGUUUCUGUCGUGGAGGGAAAGGAGAAGUCCGGAUCUACCAAGGAAGGAGAAGCAGCGGCGACCGGCGAGCUGCCGUGCAUGGAUCGGCUAAGGGAGGAGCUAUCUUGCGCUGUAAGGAUUUGCUUGGAUGUCUGCUUUCAGCCAAGUACCACGCCUUGUGGUCACAGCUUUUGCAUGCAAUGCUUAAAACAUGCCGCCUCUAAGUGUGGAAAGCGGUGCCCAAAAUGCCGUCAGUUAAUCAGUAAUUCAAGAUCUUGCACUAUCAACACAGUACUUUGGAACACCAUCCAACUCCUAUUUCCUAGCGAAGUUGAGGCGAGGAAGAGCUCCAUGGCCUCAUCCUCAGCAAGCAAGGACGAUGUGAAGCAAAGCCUGCCAAGAAGCAACAACUAUACACAAGUUGGCAUUAGGAACACCAGUGGCAGUAGCAGCUUCACCACACAGGACUACACUAGAAUAGGCAACAGCACCAGGAGCUCCUUAGCAGCAGACGGCAGAAGAAGUAUGCCGGUCCCAGGAACCAUGAACACCAGCAGUGGGAGCUUUGACACACAGGGUAGGAGCACAAGAAGCAGAGACAGUGGCAGAGGCUUUGUCCGGGCGUCAGAGUUGGUUGGCACCAGGAGUUCAGCGCGGUCAGGCCAAUCUGACGACGCUUCACUUGCAUACAGGUUGCAGCAGGAGGAGUUCAUGACGGCUUUCGAUAAUGAUGGGGGAGAGAGGCAGCCACAGAACACCAUAUCUACUGCCCGAGCAAAUUUGAGAGCUAUGGCUUCCCGGGCCGAGAGGGCAGUUCUCCUUCGUGCUCGUGGCUGGCCUCUUUAG